AAUAAAUGGCAAUGGUUCCAUAUCAAUCAGUCAAUGUUUUUGUGCCGCACUGGAAAAACGUGCUCGUAAAGGAUAGCAGCAGAUCGAUCACAUAUUCACAUAUUGCAUUGCAUUGAUGAACCAAAUACCACUGCUUAUAGAGACGUAAAAUAAUAACAAAAUAACUGUAAUACCAGCGCAUACAAAGGGAAUUCGUGACAGUGUUGUGACCAUAAAAAGUUGCCGAUGAAAUUAUUUAUGAGGAAUGUAUUGAAUACCGAGAAACGAGUGAGGCUGCAUCACAGAUAUGCCAUGCCGAUGAUGAUGACGAUGAUUAUGAUGGCGAUGUUGCGGGUUGCAGACGCAUCCGCUGAGGCCACGAAUGCAACAUGCAAACAUGCCACGAACAUGUGGGGCGAUCCGAAUCCCAACAUAUUCUACGUAUGCUCUGUGGCGGACCAAAUGCCCCUGCAGCUGCAUUGCCCGCAGGGUCGGGGUUUUUUCAAUGGCCACGGCCAUCUGGGCUGCCUGCCCUAUGACCAGUGGCCAGCCUGUCGGCCCACAGUGGAGCCAGCGUCCAGCUGCAAUGGCAACGGCAGCGCGGCGCACGCAAAGGACCAGCCAUGGGCCACGCUGGAUCCCAAUCGAUUCUACAUGUGUCCGGGUGUUAAUGCCGCGCCUCUGCUGCUCGACUGUACAUCCGGCAAAGGAUUCGUGCAAACGGCGAAAACACGGGGCUGUGCGGACUGGUCGCACUGGCGCCGAGAGAUGCAGUGCGAGGCUUAUUACUGAACAAAAGCUGUCCCGCAUCCACAUCUCCCCAAAAAAAAAAAAAAAAAAAAAAAAACGAGAAGUAAAAUGCGAUGGCUGCACAUAAAACAUGAUAUGUAUCCCCAUGCAAAAUAAUAACCAGCACAAAAAAUAUCAA